CUGAAGUCAGUAUCAGAAAGAAGACAUUCACUGAGGUCCAAACAGAACGAUUGGAGCAAGCAGAACGGACCGUUUUAAUUAAGUGUCCACCAAAACUUAACGAAAAGAAAUUAUUGCGGUAUUUAUCCAGUCAUGGAAACAUUAAGAGUCAUUUCUUGUUUGAAAAUCGUGGUAUCCAUGCUUUAAUAGAAUUUUCGGAAAAGAAGAGUAUAGCCUCAUUGCAGGAUGCUAUUGGAAUCCCAAGUGCUGUAGAGCGUCAUGUUGUCCCAUUUAAAUCUAGAAUUUUUACUUUUAUGCUGAAAAACCCAGUGGGUCAAGCUGCUGAAGAGACACCAGUUCACCUCUCUCCUCAGUCUCACAUUCCAGUGAAAGACCUUAUUCAAAAGCUUUGUCACGCAGACAGUAUAAGCAGUCAGAUGUACAUUCUACUGAAUGAGUAUCAGCUUACAGAGGAAAAUAUCAGGCUCCGAUUUCUGGCCUGUUCUCUGGUUCGGGAUUUCGCACGUGCGUAUUUUCCAGACAGCGUGGUAAGGCCAUUUGGCUCUUCAGUCAACACCUUUGGCAAAUUGGGAUGUGAUGUGGACAUGUUUCUGGACUUCCAUGACACACAAAAGCAUGUUACAAAAAUGAAAAAAGGUCCCUUCGAAAUGGAGUAUCAGAUGAAAAGAUUACCAUCUGAAAGAUUAGCAAAUCAGAAAAUUCUUUCUGUGAUUGGUGAUUGCCUCGAUAAUUUUGGCCCUGGAUGUGUGAGCGUGCAGAAGAUACUCAAUGCUCGCUGCCCUCUGGUGAAAUUUUCCCAUCAACCAACAGGAUUCCAGUGUGAUCUGUCAGUGAGCAACAGCAUUGCUAUAAAAAGUUCAGAACUCCUGUAUAUCUAUGGCUGUCUGGAUUCCCGUGUAAGAGCGCUAGUGUUCAGUGUACGGUGUUGGGCCCGUGUUCAUGGACUUACAAAUAGUGCUCCUGGUACCUGGAUUACAAACUUCUCUCUGACCAUGAUGGUCAUGUUUUUUCUGCAAAGGAGAUCACCACCUAUCAUUCCAACUCUAGACCAACUUAAAGUACUGGCAGAUGACAAAGACAUGCAUGUAAUUGGAGGAUAUGAUUGCUCAUUUGUUAGUGAUUUAAGCAGGAUUAAACCUACAGAAAAUACAGAAACACUUGAUGUAUUGUUGGGUGAGUUUUUUGAAUAUUUUGGAAACUUUGAUUUCAGAAAGAAUUCCAUAAAUCUUCGAAAGGGAAAGGAAGUAAAUAAACCUGAGUCGUCUCCUCUUUAUAUCUGGAAUCCCUUUGAACAAGACCUUAAUAUCAGCAAGAAUGUUAAUCAGCCACAGCUGGAGAAAUUUGUAGCUAUGGCCAGGGAAACUGCCUGGAUUUUACAGAAAGAAGAUAAAACUCAGCAAAUGAUCAAUAAAGAACCUUGGGGACUGGCAGCCCUACUGAUACCAUUUGGAAAAAGUAAUCCCAGCAAGAUGAAGAACAGGGUGAAAAGAAUAGGAAGUGAAACAAUCAGAAACCUUUUGGACUCUUUAAAGUUAAAUAGUACAAACAGUCUACAGAAAGCAGUGGAAAAGUGACUUUCAGCACAGAAACACGGUAGCUGAUAUUCUGUUUUAGGAAUUGAAUGUGACACACUGUCUGAAGAACAUUACUUUUAAUAACAUUACUUUUAUUAUUUCUAUUAAUGGUGAAGUGGAGAGUCAAAUGACCUCUGUUUUCCAUUGUGAUACUUUUUGUACAGGUCUGCUUUCUUUCUGUACAUUUUUCUCCUCCUUACUCUUCACUUUUCCAUCUGUUUUAUGAAUGAAGAGCAUUGAAAUGCAAUUUUACAGAUACGUU